AUGUUGGCUCGACGCCAGGCUCGAGAGCUCGUGAAGGGGAUUGCAGAAGAGCACGGUCACGUCGGUGAAGAUGUCCUGCACCAGAUUAAUGACCCUGCGGUUCGUGACACAAUCUCCAAAGCAUUGAGCACGAAAGAUGGUAUAAUCGGUUCAGCAGUGAUCACGCUGGCCAAAGACAUUUACACAAGCAACUCUCGCUUUGUCUUCGAAAUGCUCCAGAAUGCGGACGACAACCAAUUCACCAAAACCGCUGAUACCCCUUUCAUAUCGUUCCAUGUGCACCCUGGGCAUAUCGUGGUUGAGUGUAAUGAGGAUGGUUUCCAACCCGAGCAUUUGAGGGCGAUAUGCAACGUUAAUCAAAGCACAAAGAAAGGCACCCAAGGUUACAUUGGAGAGAAAGGCAUCGGGUUCAAGUCGGUCUUUGCGGUUGCCUGGAAAGUACUGAUUCAAUCAGGACAUUACUCUUUCUACUUCCAGCAUCGAAAGGGCGACUCUGGAAUGGGGAUGAUUUCGCCCAUAUGGCAAGAACCCGAAGAAGAGCUUCCUAGUGCACUGACUAGGAUCACAUUGUUUUUACACAAUUCUAGCGAUCCUUCUUUUGAAGAAACUCAGCGCCAGAUAUCUUCGCAGUUUCACGAGCUCCAGAAUGCCUUUCUUCUCUUUCUCCAAAAUAUCAGGAAGAUUGACAUUACCUUUUAUGAUAAUUACGGCGAUGUGGCCACAAAAACCAUGCACAGUGUCAAAUGGCAAGAGAACCAUCGAGCAGAGCUAAAAGAGACAAUGAUGCAGAACGGUGAGACCGAAGAAUGCUCACAAUACUAUCAUGUUACGAAGCAUAUUGCCACUGGUCUAGCCAAAAACGAGAACAGGGAGUAUUCCGACCAAGAAGAGGCAAGGCAAGCAGAUUCAACUUCGCAGCUCAUACUCGCUUUUCCUCUGACGCACGAAUCAACCCCGCUAAUUGAGGCUCAGAGCGUCUUUGCAUUUCUACCCCUUCGGCAGGUUGGGUUCUCUUUUCUAAUCCAAGGCGAUUUUGUCACCGAGAUAAGCCGACAAGACGUCGUUAAUUGUCCCAGGAACCAAGGCCUUCUAGAUGGAAUUGCAAAUGCAUUCAUCGAAGCUGUAUUGCAGCUUUGUGAGCACCACACCCUACGAAACCAAUGGAUGAGGUACCUUCCUAGCCCUGAAUCUAUUCACUUUGCACCCUUUUGGAAGGCUCUCGUGGAUAAAAUCAAAAAUCUUUUGGAGUUCACCCCGAUCCUGCGUCCUCGGAGCGAAGGCACAUUGAAAACAAUAAAGUCGCUUAGUAGACUCUCCUUCGAAGCUAUGGACAGAGAAGGCAACCCUCUCUUCGAUGACAUCGAACCACCCGGUUACUUAUCGUGCGACUAUCUUUUCGAUGACCUUGAGAUUUUGAAGUCUUAUGGUCUUGAAUAUCUUCACAUGGGUAAAGUCUUAGAUCGAGUCGAUAAAGACCUAAAUUCCCGGGCCUCGAGAUUGAAAUCUACAGAUGAUCAAGAUUGGCACUCGCGUACGGCUAAACUCCUUGCAAUGCCCUUUGUGAUGAAUUGGACGGUGACAACUCAGGAGAGAGUGCGAAGACUUCCUCUUCUUCCACUGCAAAGCGGUGUAUGGGUCUCUGCAAACAAUGGUCCGGCUUAUUAUGCAGCCACCGAAGGCGUGGAUAUCCCGAAAGAUCUCGCGCUGAGUUUGAUUGAUCCCGUUGCCGCAAGAAACGAAGACAGAAAGGCUUUAUUUGAUCACCUCGGUGUUGUAGAAGCACCAACGAGCCUUGUCCGAGACAUGAUACAUCAAAAAUACAGGGAAGUUGCGAACGUGAACGUCGUCAAUCUUCGAACAUCUCGGAGUCAUUUAGAAUAUCUCUAUCUCACUCAACGGCAAUUGGAUGCUGUAUUACCGAUCUUUUACAGAAUCCAUGUUUUCACCCAGGACGGGAGGUCUGUAUUUCCAUUCGAAACCGACACUUAUGCGUCUGACAAUAAGCCAUAUGGCGCAAGGGAACUCCUGAAAAGGGAGGAGCAGGGUCUGAAUGGAGGCGACGGAGCACCUGGCCUUACGGUUCCAUUCCUCCAUCAAGACUAUUUUGAGAAUGUUCCAGAGGCACCAGUGGGGCAUCCACUCAGCUGGCGGACAUUCCUAAACCGUUAUGUGUUCAUUCGCCUGUCGCCUAGGCUGAUCCGUAACGCAGGGCAGGACAAUGCCUCCUUGUCAGAUAUCACCUGCUAUAUUCAACGCCAUCGUCCGGAAAUAUUUAUGGCCGUACUUCAUCAUUACUCGCAGGCAGAAGUCAAAAAGAUCGCUGAGAAAAAUACAACUGCCAAUGAACUCCGGAAAAUGGAGGUCCUUUGCAGAGGUGAUCGCAUGAUCGCUCUGUCCGAGACAUACUUGCCCACUCCAACGCUUGAAUGUCUACAAGCAAGGUUCAUGGCAGACGGGGAAUUUUUCCCGUUCUUGAAAUUGUUGUUUCCGCCAAAGGAUGACGCGAGUUCUGAUCCUUGGGAAUUCUUGCAUUCGUCCUUCGGUGUUCGUAGGCAUGACGAUCUGGAUUUCUAUCUCGAGAUCCACCACAGUAUCCUGAGAGAAAAUCAAUCUGUCGUGAGUUCUGGUAGCCUUGCGAGAGUAUUCAAUCUCUACCAACGUAUUCACUCCAAACUUAUUGAGUCCGAUAACCGAAGCACCGAACAGGGAAUGGUCAGAGAAUUGUUUGAAACGAGAUGUGGCGUCCUGCUACUGCCGUCAGAGGCGCCUGGACCCAUAUGGAUUCGUCCUAGCCAGUGCGUUUGGGAUGGCCCGAAAAAUCUGCUAUCUAAAUACUCCAUCAAAGCACUUUGUGAGACCUUCUUGGCAGCGUCUGAAGAGGCAUCGGUUCUUCUGCAAAGCUUUUUUAGAGUAACACUGGGAAUCCCCGACUGCACGUGGAAACACCUUGUCGAGGAGAUUAAACACCUCAAGGCGAUCUCUUGCACAGACUUCGAUCGAAUGAGCAACCUCUAUGUCCUGCUUGAGGGAUCACUGAGUAGCAGUGGGAGGUCCGACAUUGAAGCGCUGAAGGAAGCCUUCGAAGAAACCCCCAUGAUAUAUGUGAAUACAAAUGGAAGACACUGUUGGCUCAAGGUAUCAGAGUGUUUGUGGGCAAGUGCAACCUCAAUCAGAGACAGGACCGCCCUUAAUGAUCACUAUGAAGGCUUGGAAGCGUUUUUUGUCACUUUGCUCGGAGUCCCCGAGCUAAGCUUGGAUAUGGUAUUGGAUGACCUGGUUGAGAAAGGUGCUCUACGAAAGCCUCAACAAGAGAUCAAGGAUACUAUGUGGGUACUGAACUCCUUCUUAUCCUCUCAGACUCCUACCUCUUCGCCAGACAGGAUCCUGCGAAGCCGUGUUUUCCCAGUCAAAGACCCGAAUGGUCAGGUGACAUUGCAUACGGCAGAGACAGAGUUUGGAAUCAUCGACCGUCAACGUCUUGGGGAACUUUUUGCCAAAGCGUGGCUACUCGAUUUCACCUUGGAGGAGGUCCGGCUCCUCAGACCAUUCCUCAGGUGGACCGGUCUCGAGAGCCGCUUCCUGUCAUGCCAGGUCAAAGAAAUAUCUCAGCACACUGGCGGUGACCCUACACUCAUCGGAAAUCGUGAUCGUGACAUUAGUCGGAAAUCAGUUGGACUAUAUCGGAUAGCCACCCAUUUCAACAGUCCUCGAGUGUCAGAAGCCGACUUUUCUCUAUACAGUGUUCUCCGAAGAGCUCGGGUCUACGAAACAGACGGGAUUUCAUCGCUACUAACCCUGUCACAAUGCGGUCGCAACCUGCCGAUUGAAAUAAAUAGAAGUGAGCUUCAUAUUCGUGAGUACGAUGGAGAACUAGAAGUCUAUGUUCCAAGAGAUAUGACAAAGCAGGAAUUCUGCUACCAAUCCAAAUUCCCACGGCGACUUCUUGAAUGUAUGAUGACCACCCCUGACACCCAAAUAUGCGAGAAGAUCGAGUUAGAAGCUGUUCUAGCAGUCACUAAAAUUUUGAAUGCUAAACCUGCUUCUGUCAAUUUGAUCCUAGAAGAAGCUGGAAUCAUGGACGUCACCAUUCCGGAAACCAUAGGUGAUCUAGGCGGAAACGUACAAGGAGGUGAUGAGCCAUCUAACAGAAGUGUUGCUAUAGAAGAAGAGGGUCGAGAAGAAGUGGAAGUCACAAUGGAAGACCCUGCGGGGCUGGAUACUUCUAGUACUCUCGACCACCAUAUAAACACACCCACAACACCCCAAAGCGAGCGCAGAAUAUUGACACCACGAUCUAUAACGCGCCCGCUUAUCGCCCAUGGCCGUUCAUGGAGUAGACCGUCUCUCUAUGAUCAAACAACACCCUCUACAGGAGAAAUUGACAGUCAAACGUCCAAUGCUGCCCCCGCCGUACCGAAUCUUUCUCACUUAACCCCAAGUCUUGAAGUCGACGAUAUGGACGUGAGCGAAAAUUCGCAAUACGUCGCUUUGCUUGAUAAAAUGAUCAAUAGGGCCAGGAGAAUGACGAUCCCAAGCCAAGGGUCAUUGAACAUGACAGAAUUGCUUCGAGCCUUGCCUGUUACGGACAUUUCCACAGCCAAUCUUUCUUCCGAUGGCUACCCAUUCCGGUCUGCAACCCGGCGAGAGCGCGACAAGAAGAUCGGUGCCGCCGGGGAACUUUUUGUCUUCGAACUCCUCUCCCAUCUAGACCCCCAGUUACCCGCAUUCUCCAGAGAGAGCUGGCAGAGCACGAUCCGCGAAUACGUCAGAGUACAUCCGCAAUACGAUCAACUGCCAGACUGGAGUGGCCGCGAGACGGCGGAUAUUAUCUACUACGACUCUUACAGCGUGCUCACAGAACUGCUGGUCAACGCGGGAUAUCUGGACCCCGACCGUUGGCAAGGACGGUGCCCGAAGUACUACAUCGAGGUUAAAUCGACGACGCAACACUGCGACACGCCAUUCUAUAUGAGUAAGGCUCAAUAUAAGUUAAUGAGAGAGCAACAGACUCUCGAAGGAUCCCCCAAUUCGAUUUAUGUCGUUUUCAGAGUCUAUGAUCUUGCGAAGGAUGAGCCAGGACUUCAAGUAUAUAUGGACCCCGAGGCGAUGAGAAGGAGUGGUGGGUUGGUUUUCAGGCCGGAGACUUGGUCGGUGGUUCCUGGGAAGUGCACAAUCGAAAACUAA